CUUGCAAGGGGGGCACGGUGGACGUGAGGGUGGUCGAUUUUUGCACCCGCCGGCCAUGCCCUUCGACUAUAGUGAUGUCGACCGACGCCUUCGCCGCCGUCUCCAAAUCCCCCGAUGCUAAAAUCAACAUCGAAUUUAUCCAGAUUUGACAUCAAAUAUGGGCAUUGCGUGUUUGCUGUGGAGAAAGUAACUCUAGCUUUAUUUAAUUUGGAGGUGUAGCUUAUUUUAAGUAAUAUUACUAGAGUAUAUGAAUUUUACAAGAUUAUGUGUUUCAUAUCUAAUGUAUUUUGUGUUCGGAUUUUGGACUAAACAUGUAAGCUCCGAGGUGUAUCAGUAAAUGACUCUUACUAAAUCAUAGAUUAUGUGUUUCCUAAUCUAAUGAGUACUACUCUAUUUUUGUAUUUGGACGAUGGGCUUAAACAUGUACAAGGCCCAAUGGGCUCCUCAAAAUUCAUCUUCUGAUAAUAAUCAAAUUUCAAAUAAUUUCGACCAAAUCCUCCAAACUAAAUCUGUUCGACCAAAUUCCCCAACCAACUCCAACUUGAAGAUCUUGCUCAAUUUCCAAAUUCCGUUCCAGAAAUGGCGUUGGCAGCUACGAGAUUCAGUUCAUCAAUCUCCCGCCACCAAAUCCGAGCUCUCUCCCAUUCAUCUUCUCCAAAAUUGAAUCUCGAAGAAUCCAUCCGAGCAGCAGUCGAAGCAAAAGCAUACCGCCAAAUCCCCCAAAUCCUCAACGCAUCAACGGAGCCUUGCCGCAACCCUAACCCCUUCACAUUCCUCUCCAAAUUCCCCGAGCGGCGCCGAAACGAAACCAUCGACGAAAUCCUCCAAUCCUUCAUCCCAAUCCGGCCGCGCUCCCACCCGCGGAAGGCCUACUCCUCCCUCCUCUCCCUCACCCUCGACCCCUCCAUCGACCAUCUCCCCCUCGCCCUCGCCGUCGUCCAGCGCACCCUCCGCUCCGGCUGCCUCCCCCCGCCGCAGUUCCACCUCCUCCUCUCAAAAUCGUGGCUGCGGCGGCGCCGGAAGGCGUCGCCGUCGCUAAUUUUGUCGGAGAUGAAAUCGAUCGGGUACACCCCCGAUUGCGGCACCUGCAAUUACCUAAUUCUGUCUCUUUCGAAAAUCGAUCAAUUUGGGGAAGCGAUGGAGGUGUUGAGAGGGAUGGGGAGGGCGGGGUGCGUCCCCGAUUGGGACAGCUACGGGGGAUUGAUUGCUGAGCUGAGCGAGGCGAGGAAGGUGGACGCGGCGGCGGAGGUGGUGAGGGAGAUGGUGUGUAAGGAGGGGGUGAGGCCGAGGGAGGAGACGGUGGCGAAGGUGGUGGGGGCGAUGAGGGGGAAUCGGGAGGCGGGGAGGGCGGCGGAGAUGGUGGAGAUGCUGGAGGGGGAGGGGGUGGGGGUGGGGUUUGGGGUGUAUGAGGGGGUUUUGGAGGGGUGUUUGGAGGAGAAGAGGUUUGUGUUGGCGGGGAAGGUCGCGGCGGCGAUGUGUGGGAGGGGGUUUAUACCGUUUAUAAGGGCGAGGCAGAGGGUGGUGGAGGGGUUGGUUGGGGUUGGGGAGGUGGAGCAUGCUGCUGUUGCGAGGAGGAGAUUUGCAGAGAUGAGUUCUUAGUUUUCUAUAUGAAGAAGAAAUCGUGUGGCCAAGGGGCUUCUUGUUUGUGCGAAUGGUGCUUCGAACUUGGAACGAGCAUGGAUUGAUGGUAAAAUAGGAUGAUGGGUCGCGAACUGGGAUUCGAUUGAUGAUGAAGAAAGAGAAUUCUUGGUUCUAUUCUCAGACUCGUGAUGGAAAAAGGGAUUGAUCAAAUUCUAUUGCACGAUGUAUAUUUGUUAUGGAUCGUGGACAGUGAUUCGAUUGAUGACGAAGAAAGAGAAUUCUUGGUUCUGUUUUCUGCCUAGGAUGGAAAUCAAGGAUUGAUCAAAUUCUAUUGCACAACGUAGAUUUGUGAUAGAUUCGUUUGUUUGUUUUUGAGUCGGACAUGAUAAAAAUUUAUCAUGUCCGACCGGUUUCACCGGGCAUCCUGUAUAUUGCUGAAUAGAGCUCUCACUCUGCAUAAAUUGGGCAUGCAUGCAUCCCAGCCCAGUUUAAGUCUUUCUAUAGAAUUUGGACAUUUUGUGUUGAGUUUUGUUUUUGUUCUGAAAAAUUCUUGUGAUCUUUCGACGCUUUUGAGGUUUAGGUGAUUUGUAAUAAUUCAAGUAUGAAAAUUGGGCCUGUACCUGAGAAGUUAAGAGAAAUGGGCUUUGGUGAUAAGUAUAUAUGGUA